CAAAGGCAGCGGAAGAGUGUGUUAGUGUGUUCAGAGGAGGAGAGCGUGGAGCACUAUGCUGAAGACCUCUACAGACCAGAGACUACGCUGAAGUCUGUCUGUUGAACAAGAGCUGCCAGAACUAUGAUAACCAUGAGGUUGCGAUCACUUCCCCUCACAACACUUUUAACAGUGCUGCUGUGGUGUUUCCAUGGCAACACCGGGCUGGAGAUCAUCCCCGGCGACGCUGAGGUCAUCCUCAAGACUGACUCCGCCCACUCCAUCACCUGCACGGGUUCUGCACCUGUCACCUGGCGGUACCGACGCGAUGAAAACGUUCCAGACUUCGAGGUGGAGAACGUGUCCCCUGUGUCUGCGGUUCUUUACCUGGAGAACGUGACAUGGAGACACACGGGAGUGUAUGUGUGCACUGAGGAAGGCUCUCUACACACACAAGAGGUGGCUGUGUUUGUCCCCGAUCCUGACGUGUGGUUUCUGGAGAGUACUCACUACAUGGCGGUCCGCCUUGGAGACGUUGCCACGGUGCCCUGCCUGGUGACCGACCCCCACAUCAACGUGACAUUGGUCCACGCCAUCACGGAGCGUGCAGUGGACGGAGCCUACAGGCCGACGGACGGCUUCACGGGCGUCAUGGAGGAGGACGACUACCGUUGCCGCGGCGAGCACGAUGGGAAGAUCACAGACUCCGAACCUUUCCACGUCUACAGCAUCAUCGUUCCAAUGGGGAUGAGUGUGUACGUUAAUGCAUCACACACAGUCCUGAAGACAGGGGAGAGUGUGAGUGUUAACUGCACUCAGCAUGGGGCCGAACUCGUCCACUUCCACUGGGACUACCCAAACGAGGAGGAGGCUGUGAUGGCGCAGACGGAGCAGUUGUCGCGUACGGUGGUGCGCUCCUACUUGAGCCUGGCCCACGCCACACCGGCCGACUCCGGCGAGUACGUGUGUCACGUCAGAGAGACCGUUUUCGAACAGACGGCGUCCGCCAGCAUCUUCAUCAAUGUCCUGGAAAGGGGUUUCGUGAGGACCUUGUCUCCCCUGAAGAAGAGGAUGUUGUCACGGUUACAGACUACAGAGGAACUGAGGGUUGAGUUUGAAGCGUACCCCCACCCUGACGUGAAGUGGACCAAGGAUGGACAUUAUCUCCCUCCGAAUAAGGACAACGUCAUCAGCGUACGCCAGGAGAGUGAAUCCAGGUUUGUAAGCACCCUGACUCUGGUGAGGAUUCGGUCAGAACAGAGAGGUCUGUACAGAGCUCACAUCAGCAAUGUAGACGACUACAGAGAAGUCGCCUUCGACCUGGAGGUCCAGGAGCCUCCUCGCAUCACAGAGUUGACCGAUGUGUCCCUCACGGGGCAGAGGCAUGCUGUCACGUGUGUCGCUGAGGGAGUCCCGCCCCCCAAUAUCAGCUGGUACAGCUGUGAUGUCACACACAGGUGUGACAACAGCAACAGCAGUGUGUUGAGGCCACUCUCGUCCAGCUCGGAGGGCGUGAGCGUGGAGACAAGUGUGGCGUUCAACACGUCGCGUCACACACACCAGACGCGCAGUCAGCUGAUCUUCCAGCAGCCACAGCUCCUCACCGUCCGCUGCCACGCCCACAACACACUCGCCCUGAGCACGCAGAACAUCAAACUCGUCUCUAAGACCCUGUUUUCCCAGGUGGCAGUGCUAGCAGCAGUUCUUGCACUGGUCGUCAUCAUCAUCAUCUCCAUCAUCAUACUCAUUGCUGUCUGGAGGAAGAAGCCUCGUUAUGAGAUCCGUUGGAAGGUGAUUGAGUCUGUGAGUCUGGAUGGUCAUGAGUACAUCUAUGUGGACCCCAUCCAGCUGCCCUAUGACCUGACCUGGGAGAUGCCCAGAGACAGCCUUGUACUGGGUCGGACUUUGGGCUCAGGAGCGUUUGGCCGUGUUGUCGAGGCAACAGCUUAUGGUCUUAGCCACGCUCAGUCUACCACCAAAGUGGCCGUGAAGAUGUUGAAAUCCACUGCGAGGCGGAGCGAAACUCAGGCUCUGAUGUCAGAACUGAAGAUCAUGAGUCACCUAGGACCUCAUCUCAACAUAGUCAACCUGCUGGGAGCAUGCACCAAACAGGGACCCCUGUACCUAGUGACAGAAUACUGUCGCUAUGGUGACCUGGUGGACUACCUUCACCGUAACAAGCACACGUUCCUUCAGUACUACGCCGACAAGAGCCGCCUGGAGACUGACCUCUACUGCAACGGAACCAUAGAACGCACCGGAAAAGGGUAUGUGUCGUUCGGCAGUGAGUGUGAUGGCGGGUACAUGGACAUGAGUCGUGAUGAGCCAAGUGAAUACGUUUCCAUGCACGACCACUCGCUCACACACACCAUCAAGUACGCCGACAUCCAGCCCUCAGACUACCAAUCACCAUACCAACAGGACAUCUACCAGGAGCAAGGCCAAGGUGUGGACGAGUCCCUGGUCAUUAGCGACUCUCCGCUCCUGAGCGUCACAGACCUGAUCGGCUUCAGCUACCAGGUGGCAAAGGGCAUGGAAUUCCUGGCCUCCAAAAACUGUGUCCACCGUGAUCUGGCUGCUCGGAAUGUUCUGGUGUGUGAAGGUAAACUAGUGAAGAUCUGCGACUUUGGACUUGCCCGUGACAUCAUGCAUGACUCAAACUACAUAUCUAAAGGCAGCACGUUCCUCCCUCUGAAGUGGAUGGCCCCAGAGAGCAUCUUCCAUAACCUGUACACGUCUCUGAGUGACGUUUGGUCUUUUGGCAUCCUGCUCUGGGAGAUCUUCACUCUGGGGGGGACUCCAUAUCCAGAUCUGCCCAUGAACGAGCUCUUCUACAGCGCACUGAAGAGAGGCUAUCGCAUGUCCAAACCUUCACACGCCACUGAUGACAUCUAUGAUGUGAUGAGAAAGUGUUGGGAAGAGAAGUUUGAAAAGCGUCCUGAGUUCUCCUUCCUGGUGCACACCAUGGGCAACAUGCUGACCGACGCCUACAAGAAGCGAUACUGUCAGGUGAAUGAUAGUUUCCUGCGGAGUGACCACCCUGCUGUGGUCCGCACUAAGCCACGCCUACUGGCCCCGUUCCCCACCACAUCCCCCCUCACCCCCCCCUUCCUGCCCCCCUGCAACGAGUACAUCAUCCCCCUCCCUGACCCCAAGCCUGACCUCACCUGCCAGGACCCCUCCAUCCCCACCGAGAGCACAUCCAGCUCUGUCUCUGAGGACUCGAUGUCUCUGGAACCAGUGAUCGACGUUCCUGAGGAGCAGAAGUUGAUUCCUGAUCGGAACAGUGAACCGAGAGAAGUCGCCGGAACUCCAGACGUGGAAGAGAGCUUCCUAUAGAGUCAAGCUAGAGAAACACACACACACACACACACACACACACACACACACACACACACACACACACAAACACACACAAAAUACACAAAACAGUCACAACACACACACACACACACACACACACGUGGAGGAGAGCUUCCUAUUUCCUAUAGAGUCCUCAUAGGACAAGGACAAGCAAGAGAAACACACACACACACACACAGUUUAUGGUCUACACAUGUAGCAUUAAACAAUAAGACUGUCAGCAGAUACGAGGUCACUAUAAAGCAACAUGUUCAGAAAAGAUGAAUACUUGCAUGUAUACUUUAUUACAUUUAUACGUUAUUACAUUUAGAUGAUUUAUUUGGAUGGCAUAGCCUUAGUUUUGGGGUACAGAUUACAUACAUACAGGUAUGCUGUUUAAUAGUCUAAAGUAAAGCACACACACACACACAAACAGAGGCAUGCUGUGAUGCAUGCUCAGUUGAAUAGUCCAUAGUAUUGCCCAAUAGUGUCUGAGAUCCCUAAACUAUAGUAAGAGUGAUGUGGGUCAAUAGACCAGAGCAAUGUGGAGGACACCACAUAUGAUGGUGUGUGUGUGUGUGUGUGUGUGUGUGUGUGUGUGUGUGUUUCUAAAUGAUAGGGACCAGUGUUGACGAGGUUUUGUGUUUAUGAGAUAUGUGUGUGUGCGUGUGUGUGUGUGAGUGUGGCUGUGAAAGAGUGUGUGUGCGUGUGUGUCUCAUAUGUAGCAAGAGGUGAAGUCACUGUGUUCUGUAUAUGUUUUGGGUAGUUUAUUUGUUGUUUGUUUGUGUUUAUUUGUUUGUUGUUUUGCUGUUGUAAACAUGUAUAAGAGACCUAAAGGAGCUUUAAGCUCAGUAGAGCAGCUUUGAGCGUGUCUUGCAUUCCGCACCCAUCCGUCCAUGUCACGCUGCGCUAAUAUCAACACUAAAACACUUACACCUCUUUUCAAACCUUUUAAAGCAAUCAACACUAAGACUUCACACGUCGGACUUUGAGUAUUUAGAGGGCUAUUUCAAAGUAUAUACCUUUGCACUUUAUGUAUUUUUUUCUAUUGGGAACAAAUGUCUUUUUUCAUUUAAAUAUACCUUGAACGAUUGUUGUUUAUUCUUAAAUUGUGUGUGUGUUUGAGGUUUAUCGUUACUAUUGUGAAGGUACAUUGUUAGUAUUGUGGAGGUACAUUCAAACCUCAGGGGAAAUCAAUUAGCGCUAGCGCUGGUCAGUUUGUGUUGCAUUGGUCAGUUAGCAUUGUGCUGGUCAGUUAGCGUUGUGCUGGUCAGUUAGCGUUGUGCUGGUCAGUUAGCAUUGUGCUGGUCAGUUAGCGUUGCACUGGUCAGUUAGCAUUGCGCUGGUCAGUUAGCGCUGCACUGGUCAGUUAGCGUUGUGCUGGUCAGUUAGCGCUGCACUGGUCAGUUAGCGUUGUGCUGGUCAGUUAGCAUUGUGCUGGUCAGUUAGCGUUGCGCUGGUCAGUUAGCGCUGCACUGGUCAGUUAGCGUUGUGCUGAUCAGUUAGCGCUGCACUGGUCAGUUUGCGUUGUGCUGGUCAGUUAGCGUUGUGCUGGUCAGUUAGACACUACAGUCCAGCAAUAUGGUUCCAAUGUUGAAUGAGAAAGUGUGUUUAGAGAGUGUUCACCCCUGAAGCCAUCAGCAGUCACACACAAGCACCCCCCACCCCCCACUCCCACACAUACAUGCACAGAGGGAGAGAGAGAGAGAGGGAGAGAGAGAGGGAGAGAGAGAGAGAGAGAGAGAGAGAGGGAACAGCGAGUUUCAUUUCUGUGUGGAGACUCUGGAAUGAAGGAGGAGGCGGUGGCAGAGGAAGAGCCCAAGACCACUAAAGAGGAAGUCUGCCAGACACACAGGGUCUCCUUCCUCUUCUGUGUGUGUGUGUGUGUGUGUGUGUGUACAACUAUGCAUGGCUCAUUUAGGGCUCCAGCACAGUAGAACAUUAGUGCAUUAGAACACAGGUACAUCAGAUCUAUGUUAGAACACAGGUACGUACAUCAGAUCUAUGUUAGAACACAGGUACAUCAGAUUUAUGUUAGAACAUGGAUUCUGUCAGGAACAACCGUAAAAGGGAAGAGAAGUUCUGGGCAGCGGAAGUUCACUGGAACACUAGUGCCAUAAUCAAUAGGUCCUUAGGAACCUUAGCAUAAUAAGAUAGAUGUGGUAGAACCCUGGUGAAGAGGAACACAGGUACAUUAAACGCUGGUGGAACAGGGUGUUCUACAGAUGUGUAUUAGAACCCUGGUAAAGAGGAACACAGGCACAUUAGACGCUGCGUUCUGCAAAUGAUGUUUUACAACUAUAACCUCUCCCACCCAUCCAUCCAUACAUAUAUCCACUUUUAGAUUAGUCAGCACUGCCAUAUAUAUACCUGCAGCAUAACAUACAUACCUGCAGCAUAACACACUGCCAUACAUACAUACAUACAUACAUACAGUACAUACAUACCUGCAGCAUAACACUGCCAUACACACAUACAUACAUACAUACAUACCUGCAGCAUAACACUGCCAUGCUAGACCAGGGCCGUCAUAAGUGGCUAUGGGCCCCUCUGCUGUAGAAAUGACCAAUCAGGAGAGCCCUGAAGUCUGAGGGCCCAGCUGUGUCCUCUGAGAUAUGUUUUUUUUUUUUUAUCUUUGUUUAUUGUUUAUCUUAUCUUUGUUUAUUAUUUGUUUUGUUUGUAUCGACCCAGUAGCGGUGCAUCCUGGGAAAAAGGAGUGAUAUCUGAGCCAGUGUAUACUGUAUGUAUGUAUAAAGAGAUCAGUCUGAAGAGAUCACCACACACACACACACACACACACAAACACACACCAUACCACACAAAAACACACAGACACACAAACACACACAGUAUGGUACCAAAGUUUCAGCAUAUAUGUUUGUGUAUUUUUUACAUAAAAUUUCUAUUUUGUAAUUUGUAUAGUAAAAUACCAUAUGACCAAUAAAAGCACAAUAACAACAA